AUGACUACUUUACCAGCGGAUACUUUUGCUUCGUUGUCGAAUGAAGAAAUUCUGAGCCAAUCUCUGCAUGUCGGUCGCAUCAUUUCAACUUUGUCAUCAUAUGCGGCGCGACAUGGGAUUCCUCAGUCGGGUAGCACCCAUAUCAUGACAGAGAUUGGGCGAGGAUUCCAAGGCGCAGUCUUUGAACAGCCAGGAAGACUGCAUGUUCUCAAAAAGGAACAUGCUGGUAAUUCCACCCUACCAACCAAUAUUCAGCAUGAGUACGCCAUUCAUGGGCUUGUUGUGACAGCUUUUGACAGAUUUGGCCCUGGUGCUAGUUGCCGAGUCCAAGUACCGCGGCUCAGUCAUUUUCUAGAAGCUGCAAAGCUGGCAGACGAAGAAUUUGCUGGACUCCCCGGCGGCAACUGUGCUUUGGAGAAUACUGCGGAAAUGGAAAGGAUCCUGCCCAUGCCAAAGGUGGUGCGGAAGGCGCUCGUGGGCUACGUUCAAGGGUCGCACGACAUGUUGGAUGCUAUACCGAAUAAGCACUGUCUGCUAAGAACCUACUUGGGCCGAAUGCCACCCAAAAAGGAUGCGACUUCACUUCGGAAUUAUCCCUUGGAUCUUGCGAUGAUGGAGUCGCUAGAUCUAAAUGUUCAUUACAUUGCCGACUCCAUGGGCGCGGCUUUUGCCAUUAUGCACUGGGGCGCGGGCGUCAACGGUGACGACGUCGAGUUUGUGUUGGGGACGAGGCUUCAAUCGCAGACGGCCGAAUUUGUCCAGGAGCGGGAGGUCGGACUCUUUCUGCUCGAUUUUGGUCAAUGCGAUGCCGUGGACCUGAGGGAUGAGCCUGCGAUAGUGUAUCAGGCAUUCAAGGGUGCCAUGAUGACGGGUGACAAUCAGCUGUUCAUCCCAAACCUUGUUCAACGUCCAGAUCUAUACAGCUCCUUCAAAGAGGGGUACGUCAGGACGGGAGAAAAUGUUUUGAAGCAACGACACAUGGACCAAGUCUUUAAUGUGGAAGCUUUUAUAGCCGAGUACGAAGAGUAUGCGCAAGAUUUCUUGUAA